AUGCGUCGCUCGUUCUUCUCCUCCAGUCGUCCACGCGUGACGCCCGGGCGUCAGACGCCUUCGCGGUCCGUUCCCGCGCACAUUUCGCGUCCGUCGUACGCCGCAAGCGGCUGCAUGUCGGACGCCCCACCGUUCAUCCCGCUCCUCGAUGCCGAGCAGCAGACACGACUGCGCGCGGCUUGUGCGUUGGCUGGAGCCAUCCGCGAGUUCGCCCGCCCGCUGUGUCAACCAGGAGCGACGACGGACGACAUCGACCGCCUCGUGCACGAAGAGAUCGUGCGUUAUGGCGCGUACCCGUCGCCUUUGCACUACGGCGGCUUCCCCAAGUCGCUCUGCUCGUCCGUGAACGAGAUCGUCGUGCACGGCAUCCCGGACACCCGCCGCCUCGUGGACGGGGACCUCGUGAACAUCGACAUCUCGGUGUUUCUGCACGGGUUCCAUGGCGAUACGUCGCAGACGUUCCUUGUCGGAGACGUGGACGACAAGGGGCAGCACCUUGUAGACGUGACGAACCGAGCGCUUGAGGGCGCUAUCCAGCACGGCUGCAAGCCCCGGAACCGCUUUAGUGCGAUCGGGGACUACGUGCACGCGCUCGCGGACGCUGAAGCCCUUGGAGUCGUGCAGGAGUACACGGGGCACGGCAUUGGCGAGGAGUUCCAUUGUCUCCCGUUCGUCUUGCACCACCGCAACGACGAACCGGGUACGAUGCAACCUGGGAUGGCGUUCACAAUUGAGCCGGCAUUGACCGAAGGGAGUCCAGAGGUGGUGCGCUGGGACGACGGCUGGACGGUCGCGACGGCCGAUGGCGGACGAGCGGCACAAGCGGAACACACGGUGUUGAUCACGGAAGAUGGCGUGGACAUUUUGACGUAG